AUGCAGCACUACGGCGUCAAUGGCUACUCAUUGCAUGCCAUGAACUCCCUCAGCGCCAUGUACAACCUCCAUCAGCAGGCAGCCCAACAGGCCCAGCAUGGGCCUGACUACCGGCCCUCUGUGCAUGCCCUCACCCUGGCAGAGAGGCUGGCCGGCUGUACAUUUCAAGACAUCAUCUUGGAGGCCCGCUAUGGCUCUCAGCACCGAAAGCAGCGCCGCAGUCGCACUGCCUUCACCGCCCAGCAGCUCGAGGCCCUGGAGAAGACCUUUCAGAAGACGCACUACCCGGACGUGGUGAUGCGGGAGCGGCUGGCGAUGUGCACCAAUCUGCCAGAGGCCCGAGUGCAGGUAUGGUUCAAGAACCGAAGGGCCAAGUUCCGUAAGAAGCAGCGUAGCCUGCAGAAGGAGCAGCUUCAGAAACAGAAGGAAGCCGAGGGCGGGCACGGGGAGGGCAAAGCUGAAGUCCCCAACCCAGAUGGCCAGGCUCCUGUCCUGCCUGAGUCUGAGCAGUCCUGUACUCUGCCCGGCGAGCCCUCCGCUGAGCUACAUCUGACCCUGUCUGAGCAAUCAGCUGGUGAGUCAGCCCCUGAGGACCAGGCUGACCGGGAGGAGGAGGAGGAGGAGGCUCGGGGAGCCAUUGAGCAAAGCAAGACUGAAAAGAGUCCAGGCCUGGAGGGCAGGGGCUUCAGCUGCAAGAGGAGCAGCCCCAAAGCAGACUCACCAGGCGGCACGGCCUCAGGCCCCCUGCCGCCUCAGACCUCGGGCGCUGGGGCUGGCGGGGGCGGCGGCAGCGUCCUGGGGCCCUCACACUCCUACUCGUCCUCGCCGCUCAGCCUCUUCCGCCUGCAGGAGCAGUUCCGCCAGCACAUGGCAGCCACCAACAACCUGGUGCAUUACUCGUCCUUCGAGGUGGGCGGCCCGCCGCCUCCAGCUGCAGCCGCUGCCGCCGCCGCCGCCGCCGCCGCCGCCGCGGCCGUCCCCUACCUGGGCGUCAACAUGGCACCGCUGGGCUCUCUCCACUGCCAGUCCUACUACCAGUCGCUGUCAGCCGCGGCUGCCGCGGCCCACCCGGGCGUGUGGGGCUCUCCGCUGCUUCCCGCGGCCCCGCCGCCGCCGCCGCCGCCCCCAGCCGCCGCGGCCGCAGCAGCAGCCGCCGCCUCGGCCGCGCUGAACAGUAAGACCAGCAGCAUUGAGAGCCUGCGGCUUCGGGCCAAGCAGCACGCGGCCUCCCUGGGACUGGACACGCUGCCCAACUGA